AACUUUAACUUGAGUUUUGUCAAUUACACCCAUUGCUUUCUGCUGUCGGCGAUUACACAAACUAGGAAGUGCAGCGGAUAAAGUAAGCUGGGGAGUUCAUUGAAUAUAAGUAACAAAAAAUACAGAGGAAAUAUGACAUCCGAAGCGGUUGCAAGGCGGACGCUGACAAAAGUUGAGGCAGCAUCAUGGAUAGUGCGAUUCAUACUUAUCGUGGACGUCGUGUCGGGGGUGUUGACCAUCGUGUUCCGUGGGUGGGAUUGGUGGGGAAUAGCACUGCUGUGUAACGGGUUUGUGGCACUCGUUCAUCCCCUGCUUCUGUCUUGCUUGUACUCCCAGAAACCAGCAAUCAGCAACAAGCCUUGUCGGAUUUACGGAAGGUUCGUCCUCUACUUUUGGCUCUUUGUAUUAAACUGCGCUUUGACGCCACUAUUUACCCUCGGGUUCGGCUACUUUGCAUGGGUCUUUAGAUACACCUUCGACUACAACAAACCUGCCGUCACCAUCCUUCUGUAUGUCGUCGGCCUCGUUACGUGUCUUAUGUUGACGGUGGUGAACCUGUACACGUUCUGUAUCCUGCACAAGUACGGCUGCUGCUUCAUGUACAGUCUCAGACAGGACGUCGAAGUGGCGGCAACGACGACGAACAUUGGUAUGGUGCCAACUGCGUCGGAGUAUAUUAACAGCACAGUGCCGGAAGCAAGAAUCCCGUGCAAUCCGCCCCCGUAUUCGGUGUCUGUUCAGCCUGAGGAGCACGUGCAGACAUUCGCUGCUGAAAAGCAGUUAUGGAAUAAUUUCUAACACAUUCAUAGUUUGUGCGGAUUGACAAUUUACACAUGAAUAUGAUUAAGAAACUAAGCACAAUUAUUAUUUGACUGAUAUAUAUUACGAUAUUCGGGUUACCCAAUCCUUGAUUAAAUGUCGCAACUAUGAGACAUUAUAAUGACUUAAACUGAUAUCAGAGCCUAUUGAGUUGAGUAUUAAAUGACGUCAUGAUCUUUUAUCUUGUCUUAUGCUAUAUCAUUUUGGAAUAUUUCUCUGCAUUUCGGCUUAGACAACCUGUGUAAUCUAUCCAGAAAACUAUUUUAUGGGAUUGAAGUUGUGUAUCUCUUGUUUUAGAACAGACAUAUGUCCAUUUUAGUUGAAUAGUCUUUAAUAUAGAACUUAUAAUUUAUAUCAAAAUCCCAAUAUUCGAGUUUUAGCUUGUUGACAGAAAUAUCAUAAAUCGUGCGAUUGUUUGUGAUAUAUCAUUUCAUUUAAAAUCAAUUAUCAAAUCAACUUAUAUAAAUGUGUUAAGUUGUCGAUCUUCUUGUUUUAUUUAAAUAUAAAAAUAGCUUAUUAGUCAUUACUUCAGACUUUUGAUUGAAACUCAUUUCAUUCACUAUUUUGAUGCGAGAAACACAUACUAAUAUGCUGUACUCUCG